AUGAGCAACAUGGAGCCCAGCAAACUCAAGACCCAGGUCUCAGCCUCAGACAUCUCCGCCACGUCGACCACUGUGGCCCCGAGGGCGACAAUGCUGCUCAGCUCCGCCCAGCUCGCCCUCAGCACCGUGGCCUUGGCGGCUGGCGUCACGGUCCUCGGCGUCUCGGCCGAUGCCCUCAAGACCUUUGACGACACCCAUCUGCCCUCCGAGUACUUCCUGCCCCUCUGGCCCGCCGACGUCGAUGUCAGGCCUGUGCAGGGCAUGGUGGCCGCAGGGACUGUUGUGACGGUUAUGAGUCUGGUCUCUCUUGUGAUGGGCAGACUCUCCAUGGUAAGCACAUGGACAAACCCUCCUCCGCAGUGCGUGAGCUCACCAGUGAUAAAGACGAGAAACAAGCCUCUGCUACACAUGAUCCCAUCGCUACUAGCCCUCCUCGCCGUUCUCGUCGCCGUCGGCCUCUCUUACCACCUCAACGCUGCAAAUCCCACUGUCCACAACUGGACCUGUCGCUGGCGCCAGGUCCCCAUGCAGCAGCGCCCUCACUGGGGCACGCUGUGCAAGCAAGGCGAGGUCGGCUUGGCCUUGAUGGUCACUUUGAUUCCAGUCGAGGUCAUGCUGACGGGUGUCUGUGCGUAUGCGGCCCUGGCCCAGAGGAACAAGUCUCUGCCAGAACACUGA